UUUCCCCAUAAUUUCACACUUCGGUCCAAACCCACCUUCGCUUCUAUCCUUCUUUAGCCAUGGAGUCGAUAUGGAGCACAUUGGCACCUGCAACUCCUUAUCUGAUCACCUUCAUUGCAUUUCUGAUACUUUUAGAGCAAAUUAGUUACCACAGGAAGAAGGGAAGUCUCCCUGGUCCUCCUCUUGUGUUUCCUUUUCUGGGUAACGCAAUCUCUAUGGUGCGCAACCCAACCAAGUUCUGGGAUCUUCAAUCUUCCUUAGCUAAAUCCACCCCUUUGGGCGUCUCCGCCAACUAUAUCAUUGGGAGCUUCAUCGUCUUCAUCCGAAGCUCUGAACUUUCUCACAAGAUCUUCGCCAAUGUUCGCUAUGAUGCCUUCCAUCUCAUCGGCCACCCAUUCGGUAAAAAGCUUUUUGGUGAACACAAUCUCAUCUACAUGAUGGGUCAGGAUCACAAAGAUCUUCGCCGUCGGAUUGCCCCUAAUUUUACCGUCAAAGCCCUCUCUAUUUACAUCAACUUGCAGCAAAAUAUCAUUCUCGAACACCUGAAACGCUGGGAAUCUCUCUGUUCCAGUAAUCCCUCUAUGCCCAUCGCUCUUCGUCUUCUCUGUCGUGACAUGAAUCUCGAAACCUCUCAAACUGUCUUCGUUGGGCCUUACUUGAGUGGGAAAGCUCGGGAGGAUUUCAAUAGAGAUUACAAUCUGUUUAAUGUGGGCUUGAUGAAACUGCCGAUCGAUCUCCCUGGAUUUGGGUUCCGUAAAGCGAGGUUCGCCGUCAAUAGGCUUUGUGAAUCUCUAGCUGUUUGUGCGGGUCAGAGCAAAGCGAAGAUGAUGAACGGAGAAGAACCCUCGUGUUUGGUUGAUUUCUGGAUGCAGGAAACUGUGAAGGAGAUCAAUGCAGCGGCGGAAUCUGGGGAAAAGGCGCCGUAUUCCGACGAUAUCGAGAUCGGUGGCCAUCUCUUCGACUUCCUCUUCGCAGCGCAAGACGCUUCGACGUCGUCUCUGUUAUGGGCUGUGACACUCUUGCAUUCACACCCUGAAGUGUUGCAGAAGGUUAGAGAAGAGGUCUCUACAAUUUGGUCGCCUGAAUCUGACGCGCUCAUCACUGCGAAGCAAUUGAGAGAGAUGAAGUAUACAGAGGCAGUGGCGCGUGAGAUUGUGAGGUUUCGAACUCCGGCGACUCUUGUACCUCACAUUGCUGCAGAGGAUUUUCCGUUGACGGAUACUUACACGAUUCCGAAAGGAGCGAUUGUGUUUCCUUCUGUCUUCGAGUCUUCGUUCCAAGGGUUCACUGAACCGGAACGGUUCGACCCGGACAGGUUCUCGAAGGAUCGGAAGGAAGACCAGUUGUACAAGAAGAAUUUCCUUGCUUUUGGUGCUGGGGCCCACCAGUGCGUGGGGCAGAGGUAUGCGAUCAAUCAUCUGGUUCUAUUCAUUGCUAUGUUCACGUCGCUAAUCGACUUCAAGAGACACCUAACAGACGGCUGCGAUGACAUCAUGUAUGUCCCCACCAUCUGCCCUAAGGAUGAUUGCCUGGUUUACCUUACUAGGAGGUGCUCGCGCUACCCUUACUUCACUUAA